UUCCACCUGGCAACACGUGAGGCGGCAGCAGUAGAUGGCUGGGACACAACGGGAGGCGACGAAAAUGUGAGGGGAGGCUCCUUAUUAGGAAAGUAAAUGUCCAAAAAUCGGAUGGCGUGUAUUGGGCGAUCUUGCAGGGAGGUUGCUAUGGUGUAUUCAGAGCUGAUGUCACUAGCAAAAAUUCCCUGGCAUGCAGUCGGUGCAUGAUCAGGAGUAGAAGUGUGGGUCCCCUCAUCCUGGGAGAGCAUUGUUGCUUUUUCCAAAAGACUGUUAAUUGCACUGAAGAUUGACUUCUCAAAGAUUUAUUUCAGGAAUCUAGAUGUCCACCAGGGAUAAAGAAGAGCAAGAAGAUGAGCUGCUGGCUCUUGCUAGUAUUUAUGAGGAGGACGAAUUUAAACGUGCAGAAUCUGUUCCGGGUGGAGAAAUGAGCAUUUGUUUGGAGUUGCCACCAAACUUCAAAGUAAUUGUUUAUGGUGAUGAAAAGCAGAAUAAAAAGGAUCUGAUUGAAUACGUAGUUUCUUUCCUGCCUCCUCUUUUGUUGAACUUCGAACUUCCACCAGAUUAUCCAUCGUGUUCAGCUCCUAAAUAUACCUUGAGCUGCAAGUGGCUUUUCCAAACUCAGCUCUCUGCACUUUGUGCUUGCUUGGAUAGAAUUUGGAAAGACAAUGGCAAUUGUGUAGUGCUAUUUUCAUGGAUGCAAUUCUUAAAAGAAGAGACACUCUCCUUUUUACUAAUCAAGUCUCCAUUAGAAAUCCAAAGAAACAUUGAUGAGAAAUCUGAUGACACUUCUAAUAAUAAUAAAGAUAAAGAAUUUGGAUCACAGAACAAACUGAAGAACUUGAAAGAGUUUCCUCUUGACCCGAGAGCUAUCCAGGAUGUGGAGUCAUGGUCUUGUGUUUUGCGUGAAAUUUUGGACUUUGAUCAGAAUCAGCAACAGAAAGCCUUUCAUAGCAAGAUAUUCACCUGCAGUGUAUGCUUUUAUGAAAAACUGGGCAUUGACUGCAUGUACUUCAAGGAGUGUAUGCAUGUAUACUGUAAGGGUUGUUUGAAAGAAUAUUUUGAGAUACAGAUCCGCGAUGGGAAUGUUCAGUGCCUUAACUGUCCUGAGCCAAAGUGUACUUCUGUUGCCACACCAGCUCAAGUCAAAGAGCUGGUCAGGGAGGAGACAUUUGCACGGUACGACCGCCUUCUCCUUCAGUCUACAUUGGACCUAAUGACAGAUGUAGUGUAUUGUCCUCGUACUGUUUGCAAGUCAGUGGUGAUGCUUGAGCCUGGAAACACCAUGGGCAUCUGUCCAGGAUGUCGUUAUGCUUUUUGUGCAUUAUGUGAAAUGGCUUAUCAUGGAAUUUCCCCAUGUAGAUUAAAAGCAGAAAAACUUGCUGCGCUGCGUGAUGAGUAUUUGAAGGCCGAUGAAUCUGGCAAACAGCAUUUGGAAAAGUCUUAUGGCCGCCGAGUGCUUCAGAAAGCAGUGGAGGAGUUCUGCAGUCAGGAAUGGCUUGAAAAGAACUCAAAGCCAUGUCCCCGCUGUGGCACAAACAUACAGAAGGUGAAUGGAUGCAAUAAGAUGACUUGCACUGGCUGUAAGCAGUAUUUCUGUUGGCUUUGCAUAUGCCCACUUUCGAAAGUAAAUCCAUAUAGUCACUUCAGUGAUUCCUCGUCACCCUGCUUCAAUGAACUUUUCCAAGGUAUUGAGUUUGAAGCAGAAGAGGAUUUCUUGAGUGAUGAAGAUGACGAUGGAAUUGUUUAAGCUGUUUUCUGAAGCUGCUGAAUCAUCAUUACGUAAAGCUUGUGUGUUAACCAUGCAGCUAUUAUCUUCAGUGUCAUCAAUCAUAGUUGAAACAACCCCUGGCGAUGAUUUUAGCACUUAUCGUUGGCCAUGAUGAGACAUAUGCCUCAGAAUAUAUAGUAUUCUAGGGAUGUUUGUUUUCAGCUUUAAACAUUUAUACACACACAAUAUAUUUGAGCAAAUUAAGCUGACAAAAUUGAGAGGAAGAUCAUGUUUUAUUUAACUUGGACAGCAUUCAGAGGAAAGUAUUUACGUAGUUGAGUAAAAUUGAAAACCCUUGUCUUUGGGAGCCAGUUUCAAAAAUAGUUGACGAUAGAGAAAUAUCAAUGCUAUCUUUAUUUUUCAAUUUAUAAAAAUGUUUCUCCACCACCACCUCGCCACCUUCCACAAAUUUUGGACAUUCAGAUCACAUCCGCAGUAGCAAUUGUUUGUGGGCCUCUUACUGUGGCUCUUAACCUAUUCGCUAGGAUAUUGAUGUCCAAACUUUUUAUCCUGAUGGGCCACUUAAUCAUGGAGUUAUGUAAGUCAACAUUUGCUAUCAUUUCUGAAUGUAGUUUCCCUAUUUGAUGCAACAGCUCAAACUGUGUGGAGCUUUUAUUGAGGUAUUUUCAGUUUUGACACUGGAAUGGACACGGGUUUUAUUGCAAUCCUGAUUUUUUUUUUUUACAUUAAGAGAAAAUGCCAGAAAUACUGAGUAGAUUGGGCAGUAUCUCUGGAUCGAGAGACAGUUAAUGUUUCAAGUAGAUGAACUAUCAUCAGAACCUGAAACAGCAACUCAGCUGAUCAGUUAGCUACGCGCAGAGAAACAGUAUUUCCAGCAUGUUCUGUUUUUAGUGCAGAUUUUCAGCAUCCGCGGUAUUUACCUAAUGUUUUUACAUUCAGGUUUCAGCAAUAUGGAUGUGGUUUGAGUCGUAGGGGGACGGUGAUGACGGGUAGUUAGAGAGAAAAGAGGCAUAUAAAAGUUUAUAUUUGUACUAUGCAAGAAAGUGCGAGAUGGUAAUAAUGGAGCAGCCACCCAGAGCCCUACAGCUUUUUGGAUUUCAUUCAAUAUUUAAGGCAACACUCAUCAUCUGAUGCAAAAAACUGCAAAAGCUGCAGCUAUUUGGUGCCUUCACUUGCCCAAGCCAAGUGACUAAAUCAAUAUUUAUUACACAUUAAAACAGGAAGAAACAGACAUUUUAGAGUUUGAAGCUAAAAGGUAGCAUUAAAGUUCCUGUAAUUAAGCUUGGCCCAUAUUUUAUUCUGCUUUCUCUUGCCUGCCAUCCCACCACCACAACCCCCUUCAUGAAAAGGAAAUCAUUUUUUGCUCUAUUUGGCAACUCAUUCAUAUGCACUUUACUUCUGGAGUGCCUCAGCAUCUUUUUUGUGGGGUAAAUGUGAAGCCUUCAUCCUGCUAUUUCUCUGUGUGCAUCUUGAUCACUUCACCCUAAAACCCUGCCAGUCACUGGAGCACUUCUUACUUUAUUUCCUCUAAACAUGCACAUGUUAUGUCCCAUGGUAAUGGGGACUAACAGAGAAUCACUGUAAGAAGGUGUUCUUGGAGAUACCUGUACCUAUUUCAAGAAUAAUGUACAAGAAUUUGUAGACUAGGACUACUUAUUAAUUGUAGUUGUAAUUUGAACAUUGUAGACAGGAAUGUGAACAAGAAUAGUUUCUUCACACUCUCUUGCCCUUCACACUUAAAAGCUGCUUAUAGUAGAGCUUAGAAAUAAAAUACGGAAGACCACAGAUUUUUAAUAUAUUGGAGUAUACAGUGACAGUUUUCUUUAAAAAUAAAGACAUCUAUAGAACCAAGAAGUCACAUUAAAUUUCAUAAAUGGCUAUUAAUGCUUAUAACAGGCUAACAAUCUCCUCCAAGCAAAUUCAACUCUGUUUAAACAGUCAAGAAAUAAUUAAUAAAAAUGGAUAUCCAUGUUAAUGAUUGCUCAUAAUUAUGUCUUGUAGAUUUUGAAAGAAUUUUGAUUUUUUAAAUUCUCUCAAUUUGAUCUCUUUUGGAUGAAUUAGGUUUUGAGUCUCUUAAAGUAGCAAUUUACCUCAGCCUGCUUGAACUGGAUUUUAGGACUCACAAAUCAACAAUCUUUCUGCUGUGUUUUGAUACACAUGCUUCUGCAGAAGUCCCUGGGUUUUCCCUUUGUUUUCUGAUGACCCAUUUGUUAUAUGCUUUAAUGAAACAAUCCUGUGCUGAUUCAAGAAAUUCAGUGCAAAUAUGAUACUACAGCAUUGUCAGGAUGCUGGUCAGUUGAAGAAAGGGAACUAGAUCCUGAACAGAUUGGAGUUUUUGUCCAUGAAGGGAGUAAAAUUGUUGUAUGGUCCUGCAGCCUGCCAAGCCUGUUGGCCUUGCUGGCUCAAGUGAUGUAAUCAAAGGUCCAGAAGCAAGUCUGCUAGUCCCUCUCCUCGGCAAGUGGAUGGUGGAAAGGAACAAUAGAAUUGUUGGUUUAAAAAUGAAUGAUUGCAAUUGUGGAUCAGCCUGAAAUGAUCAGCUCAUCAUAUUAUGAACACUUUUUUUUAAAUUGCUGCAUUUUUGUGCACAAGGUGACUGCUCUUUGGGCUGCAUUUCUGUUGUGCUUCCUAGAUAUUCUUGCAUAAAGUCAGUCUAUUAACUCUUACAAGGAAAGUAUUUCUUUCAAUUAAACUGUGCAAUCUUAAUCUGUUUUGCCAUCAUAUUCCCUUAUGUAAGACUCAUUUAAAGUGUCAUGGAGAAGAAAUAUUCUUUGAAAUUCAAGAAAUAAUUCAAUAAAAUGUUUUUGUGACUUCUGGUAAUCUUCUGAAUAACACUAAAAUGUUUGCAGUUAUCUUUACAGUUAACCACAUGCCUACUGGAUGUAAUUUUGAAAAAUGGUUUUCUUCCACUAGAUAUUCAUUGGGUGCAUUAAACCUCAGUUAACUUAUUGUUUUUGAUUAAUAUGAUGUCAUGCAGUGCAGCUUACUGUCUCAUAUCAAUGAUAUGACAUAAAAAAUGAUGUAUACUGAAUGUUAAUGCAGCGGCAGUGAAUUUUGGAAGUUAACAUUCAACAAUGAGUUUUUCUGUGAUAAAGGAAAUAUCUAUAGAGCUUCAAGUUGCCUUUUUUUAGUCAGCAAGUUAUUUUUAAAGUUUCUUGUUUGCAGCUUUAUUUAUAGGAGUAGCUAUUGAAAAGUACAUCUCUGAUCACUUUGUAAAUUGGUAUACUUUUUGAAAAAGAUAAAGCAUAGUAAACACAAACUACUGUGGGUUAUGAUUGAUGGCACCACAUGUUUGUGACCCAUUUGCCCUCUUAACACCCUUACUUUGAUUUAAUGACAAUUCUGGAUUUGUAUUAAAAAUUCUCCUGCUUAAAAGUCCAUCCUGAAGGAAGUCACUCGACAGAUUUUACUGCGUUUUAUUAAUCGUAUCUUGUUACCCUAGGACAUGAUAAAGCACCUGAGCUUUCAGGGAUUCGACAAUGCAAUAAAAUGUAUUGAACUUAUUUGAACAUUUAGUAUUUUUCUUGCACGCUACCCCUCCCCGGCCAACUCAGUGACCUCUGCAUUUGCUUAGGAUUUUACCAAUGGAACAUAUCUAUCAUUUUACAAUGUAGGUCAUUUAGGCCUAAUUUGAUAAGGCAUCCUUUGUAGUUAAUGUGCAGUGACAUCCAAACUGAUGCAUUAUGUUUCGAUUACAAUUACUGAGGUUUGUUAAGUUACUGGGAGGAAGAACAUGCACAAUACUGGUUAUUGGUUACUUGCAAAGCUGAAAUGGUGGAAGCACCCUCAAUUUAAGAUGCCAUUUAACCCUAAGAUUGGUACAAUCUUUGGUAAAUACUGUGGUCCCUGUGGUUUUUUUUUUUAAAUAAACUUUUCCUCUAACCAUUCACUAAGAACUUUCUUAUUGCAUUCCCGAUACAAUUCAGGUCUUCCAUUAAAACAGCUGCUUUUACACAUGUAGUUCUACUUUUCGUGGCAAGCUCUAUUACACAAGACGACUGAGGUUAAAAUUAGAUCAGCUCACAAGAAAAAUGUUACUGGGAAAUGUUACAGUUUUUUGCAAUUGAUUUUAAGUUCAUUCAAGUGGGCAUAAUUUCAGGAUUAGCAUUUUUUAAAAAUACAAUCCUCAAAGAAAGAUAUUGUUUUACAACAAAAAGCAUUACUGCUGUGAAAUAGUGUUCAGACAGUACUGCAAGAAUAUAUAUAUAAGAUGUUUAAAAUUGAAUUUCUUCUUGUAUAAAAGGAUAUGAUGAAGGUUAACAGUUCUGUUGAAUAAACAAUUGAUGGAUG